CUCCCUGACUGAACAGCUGGAAUGAGGAGCAGGGAGGGAAGCCAGGAUUGGCUUAGAGUCAGCAGCAGGGUGUGUCCAUGCAGCACGGAUGAAGCUUUUACCUGUCUAGGUAAGUCAGGAGGAGGUCAAAAGAAACCAGGAGGAGACGCCGCCUGAGAGGCAAACCGUCUCCAUCUCUGCCCUCUGGAAUAGAAGGGCGUUACUUUCUUGUCUUCAGACCCCAACCCAGAGAAGGCCCAGCUUGGGACAUUCUUCACUUCCAUUCACUUCCCCUCUGGGAGCCCCUUUCACCACCCCUGCGCCUUGCUUCAGGCGAUGCCCAAGAGGGAGCUUUGGCCAGCAGGGCUGUGCUCAGAACCUGUGACCCACAUCGGCACCUGUGGCGGCAUGAUGAGCACCACCUCCACCCACUCUGGAUCUAGUGACAGCAGCUACGACUUCCUGUCUGCCGAAGAGAAGGAGUGUCUGCUCUUCCUGGAGAAGACCAUCGGCUCCCUGGAGGCUGAGGCUGACAGUGGGCUCUCCACAGACGAGUCUGAGCCAGCCACCAGUCCUCGGAGUUUCCGGGCACUACCCACCACCACCACCCAACAGGCUCCCCAGGGAAAGCCAGAGGCCUUAGACAUUCAGCAGGUGCCAGUGCCAAAGAGAGUGGCCCAGUCCUCCGGUCCUCCCGAGUCUCACAGCCUGGGCCUCAGGUCAGGUUCCUACAGCCUUCCCAGAAACCUUCAUCUUAGCAGAAGCCAGAACGUCAGGGAAAGCGCCACCCAGACUAACAGCCCCACCUCUGAACCAUCUGAGGUGUUUUUAGAGGAUCCCAAGAAAGGGCAGAAGGGCGCUAAGACGGUGCAGCCACCAGCCCCAUCCCAGAAGGGUACGCUUGACCUAAACACAGUUCUCAUACCUCCGCCAGAAGCUUUCCAGGACACUAGUCCAAAGAAAAGUGGGGAAGAGAGAACCCCGAAAAAGCCAGAACAGACUCACACACCACGGGGCCACUCUCCAGACAGACGUCCACACUCCCCGAAGAACAUGGAAAUGUCUUCUGAAACCAUGUCCCAUAAAGCCACUGAGAAAGGCUGGACAGAAGGGUCACAGCAACCAGAACAGCCUCCUGCCCAGUCAUCUCAGAACAUGAAAUCUGACGAACCUUCCCUGCCUUCAGGGGUCAAGCCAAACAUCCAGCAGGCUCCCCUCACCACAGCUACAAAGCCCCGUAAGCUGCCACCUAACAUCGUCCUGAAGAGCAGCCGGAGCAGUUUCCACAGCCAUCCCCAGAACUGGUUGUCAAAUCACACUGAAGCUACAGACUCGGGCCCUGUUUCCUCUUUGCAAGAACAAAGGAAAGCCCGCAGAGAGGCUCUGGAAAAGCUAGGGCUGCCCCAAGACCAAGAUGAUCCCAGUCUGCUUGUAAAUAAACAUACCGGGACCCUCAAAGUCAAGGAGGCUCACGCUCAGACCCCUUCCCAGUCCCGGACUCCUGCUCAGUCAGCAUCGUCAGCACCACCACCAGUUCUGGUGUCAGGAACUGCUUCUGCAGCAGGGAAACCUUCCCCAGUGAAGGCUGUCACUCCUAUGGACUCUCUAAGCAAGAUUCCAACCCAGGAAACCCCUCCAGGAAAGACUGCAGCUGCCAAGUCCAUGCCCAUUCCUAUCCCUAAGGCCUCAAAAGAAAACAGUUCCCUGACACAGCCCAAGCCUGACCCACGGCUGACCCUCCGGGAAAGUAGCAUCCCUGGCCUGAGACAGAUGAACUUCAAGUCCAAUACUCUGGAGCGCUCAGGCGUGGGAUUGAGCAGCUAUCUCUCAGCAGCCGAGAAAGACCCCAGCUGCCAAACCAGCACAUCUCUGGGAAAGAGCCCCCUCUCAGACAAGGUUUCACCCAGUGUCUUUCGUAAUUCCCGGCCCCGGCCUGCCUCCUUGGGCAUGGGGAAGGAUUUUGCAGGAAUCCAGGGGGGCAAGAUGGUUGGCCUGGAGCAGGGCCAGUGCUCCCAGCAACCGUCCUUCAAAGGACAGAGUCAUGACAAGCUUCCUCGUCCGCCCUGUGUCAGUGUCAAGAUAUCUCCAAAGGGCAUUCCUGAUGGGCACAGGAGGGAGGCUCUGAAGAAGUUGGGACUGCUGAAGGAGUAGGGUAGGCAUGGGCAUAGCCCGUGCCAACCUGCCGGAAGAGACUGGCUCUGCCCAGAGCCUUUGCAGCCUCACAGCUCAGAGCUGGCUUCCUUCCUGUCUGAGGUGAAGAAGGGAGAGGCUUGAGGCCAAGGAUAUGUCUGUACUCAGGCGAUUGUGCCAUUGAGUACAUGCACAGAUCAUUCUGACGAUUAGUCUCACAGGAGGAGAGAGGGGGGAGAGAGAGAAAGGAGGGGGGCUAACAUAUCGCUGACACUAUUUAUAUAACACAAGGAAUCACUGUUGAGAACUGUCCUCGGUUGAGAAUUUACAAGUGCAAAGUUCAGCCUGCCCCAGAACUAAGUGCAGCAGAGUGGCCAAACCUGAGAAGCACAGUCAAACAGCACAGAGGAGGUAGAAGCAACUUUAAAAAGAUGAGUUACACUGAGCACGGUGUGAAAUACGGGCUGAGUUUCCGCAGUAAACGGAGACUGGCUUGUAUUUGCUGAGUUCCUCUCUCGGGGCCUCCCAGACAUGUCCUGAGGCCAAGGGGAUCCAGUUCAGUAUCUUUACCCACUGCCUUCCCCUAUCAUUUCUUACAGGCUAGGACAUAUGCCUGGCUCUACAUCUCAUAGCUGACUGAUAGCAAGGGGCCACACCCUGGUCUGAGAAAGCGAAUAUAGGGCCACACACACACUCCUCCAUUUCUACCUGGAAGAAUUCUUAUCAUGGGCUUGACGAAUACAAUAAUAAACUGUGUCAUGGCCCAUGAUUCUGGAGUCCCUGUUCUUCCUGCUUUCUGUUUCCCUGGCUGGUUUCAGGGCAGGUCAGCUCUGAGCUGGAAGCCCAGCCCCAAAGCUUUCUAAAUACACGGCGUCAUUUCCCAACCUCUCCCUGCUGUUCAAAGGUGUUCAGGUUUCCUGGGGGUUGCACAGGGGGCUCCAUGGUUAAGAGCUCUUUCAGAGGACCUGAGUUCAAUCCCGAGCACCUGCUCACAACUGCGCGGAACUCAGUUCCAAAUCCGGGGGAUCCAACACUCUCUGCUGCCCUCCAAGGACUUCUGAACUCUCACACACACAUGAAC